AUGUACGGGUGGAACUACCUUCGCCUCUCUAGGGCUCAGAAGGACGGACUAGAGCGUUUGAACAGCAACGCCAGAAGGCUCAUCACUGGGCUCCCUAAGUGUACCAAACUUGAAGAUUUGAUUGAAAUCGCCGGUAUCAACAGGCUGAACGAAAUUGCGGCCGAGGACAAACUAAGCCAAGUAUUGAGACUACAGAAAACACCGGCGGGGAGAAAGAUUCUUAACAAGCUAGGAUAUCAAUACGCCACCAACCUGUACGAAACUGCAUCCCCGCCAUGGGAAGACACCUUCAUUACAGAGACAAAGCCCGUCCCUCAAAAUAUGAGCAAAGAACAAGAAAAUAGAAGAUGUACUAUGGCAAGGGGCCAUCUCAAACAAGCGCAAGCCGAAGUAGAAUCGGGAAAGUCUGUUUAUUACUCAGAUGCGGCCGUCUCCAAAGACGUCGUAGCUUUGGCGACAGUUAACAGCAAGGGGGACCUGACCCUCUUAACGCUAAACGAGUCCAUUGCUUCUCGAGAUGCCGAACUCAAGGCUAUUCUUAUGGCAGUUGAAAACUCGGACCCUCAACAAGAAUGCCUCGUCUACACGGACUCUAAGGCCGCAUACGAAGAAUGCAGGAACCCAUCCACUUCUAACAAGAGUCGGCUCAAUCCGUUGGAGCAUUUCAACGACUGGGAGUUUCUGGUGCGAUAUCGUUUUACGAAAUCGACAGUAGUAAGCCUUCUCCAGUGCCUGCCGCUGGAAGCAAACGAGAGCAGUCGCGGCCUGCCACUGUCCCCGAUGCUCCAGCUCCUCGUAGCGCUGAGAUUUUAUGGCGCCGGGACUUUUCAAGUUGUUACGGGCGACCUCGUUAACGUGUCGCAGCCGACGGUGUGCCGCGUAAUCGAGAGUGUCUCCCGGGUCCUCGCCGAGACUCUCUUCCCCCGCCUCGUGGAUUUCCCGGAGGGCGACUGCGACGAGGUCAUGCGGGAUUUCUACAACAUCGGGAAGUUCCCCAGUGUGACUGGGUGCAUCGACUGCACCCACGUCAAAAUAAAGGGACCUGGCGGUCCCAAUGGGGAAGUCUUCAGGAACAGGAAGGGGUUCUUCUCCCUCAACGUGCAGGCCAUCACAGGACCCCAGCUGCAGUUUUUUGACCUUGUUGCUAGAUGGCCAGGCUCCGUGCAUGACAGCAGGAUAUUCGAUAACAGUCGUGCAAGGGUCCUGUACGAGAAUCGGCGCAUCCCUGGCCUGCUGCUCGGAGAUGCAGGCUAUGCCUGCAUGUCAUUUCUUCUGACGCCCCUGACCAGCCCAGGUGUAGCCAACAGCCCAAAGGGCAGGUAUGUACUAAUUUGUUGGAAGAAAUAAUGGCAUGAAAUUCAGAACAGCUAAC